AUGUCAACUAGGGCUGUUUUGGCUACUUCAACCACAUCCUUAACCGAAAAUCUUCCCCAUGACUUCGCCGCUAGGUUGGAAAACCUCUUUGAUGGCUCAACUAGUAGCUCCAUAUCAUCGACUGUCUCGACUGUGGCCUCCGCUACCGAACCGCCGACCAAGGCAUCUACUUCACAUGCUUCGACUAAGUCAACAAAUCUGUCCACCGCCAUUUUUGAUAGUUUACGAUCGAGCCUGAACAUCCUCCUUAAGAGCUCAACCAGCAGAUUCAUCUCUAUUGCGUCUAAUAGAUCUCGUUUCUCUAGUGCCGAUAGUGCCAACAGUACCGACUCCAGCAAGAUCAGCGGCUUGAAUGCGGCAAGCUCCACUGCGAAAAUUGCGGGAUUGGACCACCCUGACCACUUGGGUCUGGGCGACAAUUCCUCUACCGAGAACAGUGUCACUGCUCCCCUCUUUACUGAUACUUCUAGUCAGUCUAGUAUCCUAGUCAUUGUGUCCGUUUCCACAACUAGCUCGCUCUCGACCAGUCCUACUCCUAUUGGAACCGUCCACAUCUCGUACUCACCCAGUUUGGAUUUUACCUCUGCUUCUGGCACUGAAACAAGUACUGGCACCAAAUCUAGUACUGGCACCGAAGCUAGAACUGACACCAAGUCUAGUACAGGCACUGAAGCUAGAACUAUCAUGGAAUCUAGCACAGGCACUGAAGCUAGAACUACCAUGGGAUCUAGUACAGGCACUGAAGCUAGAACUGACACCAAGUCUAGCACAGGUACUGAAGCUAGAACUGACACCAAGUCUAGUACUAGCACUGAAGCUAGAACUGACACCGAAGCUAGAACUGCUAUGGAAUCUAGUACUGACACCGAAGCUAGAACUAUCAUGGAUUCUAGUACUGGCACUGAAACUAGCACUACUCUCGAAUCUAGAGCUGGGAUUCGCUCUGGCACUGUCUCUAGCUCCCCUAGCUUGUUGACUACUACUCCCGAGGUUCUCAUCCUCAGCUAUCAUUCAUCUUUCACUCCUCAUUCCACCUUCACUAGCGAAGUGAGCACGGCCAAGAGCUCAGAGGAGGCCCAGUCUACCCAAAGCGCAACUUCAGCUCCUUUAACCUCCGACAACGACUGGAUGCCAUCCACCAUUCUUAUCGUGCCUACCUUUACCACCACCGUGAGAUCGACCUCCGACCAGACCAAGAAACCCAAGGCAACAUCGCUUCCUGGUUCUAUUACCCCAUCGAACGAAAUUACCGUGGCUCCAUCUGACUCGGUCCUACUUCAGCUUGGUUUCGACAGCCAGCUACCAUAG